CUCACUUAUCUCCGGCAAUAAACAACCACCUCCAGUAUAAAUAGCUGAGAGUUUUGCUGUGCUGGGAGCAGCGGGCAGAGCAGCUGACGGCAAAGGAACGGGUUGGAACGCUUUGCAAGAUGAGAGCCAUCGCAGUGACCCUCCUUCUGGUGUUCCUCACCGGAACCCAGGCUCGCCACUUCUGGCAGCGUGAUGAGCCCCAACAUACUUCCCUCGAGAACCUCCAAGAUGCGGUUCGUGUCUACUUUGAAACAGCAAAGGCUGGAGCCAACGAAGCCCUGGCCCAGUUCGAUUCCUCUGCCUUGGCACAGAAACUUGACCUGAAGCUGGCUGAGAGCUACGACAUCUUAAGCGCCACAGUGACCAAGUUCCGCGAAGAGUUCUCCCCACAAGUGGAGACCCUCCGGACUCAACUCAAUGCAGACUGGGAGGCCCUGCGCCAGUCCCUGACCAAGGACAUGGAGGAAGUCAAGGCCAAGGUCCAGCCCUUUUUCGAGGAUUUUGGUAAGAAGCUCCAACAGGAGGCCGAGGCCUACCGGAUCCGCAUGCAACCCAUCGCUGAUGAGAUGAAGGCACUCACCCGCCAGAACCUGGAGACCAUGCAGGAGAAGCUGCGCCCCAUGGCUGAAGAUGCCCGGGACAGAACCCGUGCUCUUGUAGAUGAGCUGCGCAAGAACCUGGCCCCUUACAGCGAUGAGAUGCGCCAGAAAAUAAGUGAGAAGCUGCAGGAGAUCAAAGAGAAGGGCAUGCCCGAGGUGGCACAGUACCACACCCGCGUCCAGGAGCAUGUCAACGAUUUCCGGGAGAGGGUUGCCCCCAUCUUGGAGAAGCUGCGGCAGGAUAUUGCCCCCUUGGUCCAGAAGGCAAAGACCCGCUUGCUGGAGGUUGUGGCGGCGGUGCAGAAGAGCCUGGAAGGGCCCCAGCAGGAGCAGCAGCAGCAGUCCUAGUGGGCCUGAUGCUUCCAUCUCUGUCCCCCUUCUCGACCCCUUCCUAAAUCCCAGAGUCCCAGCAACCCCUGCCUCAAACUCUGGGCCUCCCUCCCACUUUGAUAUUUGCCACUGAGCUUUCCUAAGGUGUUGAAAUGUAUGAGAGAAAGAGGGGUGGGGUUGGGGGGCAAGAAGCACUCCACUCUCCAUCCCAGGGGAGUUAGAGGGUGGAAGGAUCCCACCCUGUGCCCCCCAAGCUGGAGUGGAGGCCCAUGUGUGUCCAUGUGCAAGCACUUUCUCUUGCACACAAGCAAUACCUCUUCUCCCUCUUCCUUUUCUUUUUUUCCAAAGGAUAACAAUAAAAAAGCAGUGGAGGUUGUGGCAUUUGAA